AUGAACUAAAAUUCGGAUGAGUGCAGUUUAAUAAAAAAAAUAGAGAACCUUACUCUUAUACGUAAACCUCAUUAUAUUUUUACAAAAUAAGAGAACAAGAUUUCAAUUAAUAAAAUUGACUUAAACACACUUUUAAAAGAACUCUUACGAGAUGAUUGA